AUGCGUCAUAGCACGACACAGGCUUUUGGUGGGAAUAUGAGUUCGCUUCCAUUCACGUUUGACUUAAAAUUAAAACCAUUAAUAUAUGUCUUUCUAUAUUAAACGUAAUGCCAAAGUAAGUGUCUUUUCUUCAUACACGUAAUAAUUACACCAGUUUGCGCGUAACAGCUGUUGAGGUGUGUUAAAAUCCUCAAGCCAUUCAGGGAAAGUUCACUCUGCCUAUUGUUUGCUAGCAUGCUAACACGUUAUCCGACGUGGUAGUAAAGUCAAUUUACGUUAGUUUUGUCAGACUACCUUUACAGCCACUAAAGGACACUUUAUGUGUAAUAUGUUUAAUUAGUUGCCGACUAAAUCGGUUAGUGUUACGACAGACUCCCGAUUCAGCCGGCUAGUUGAUCUGCAAGCUGCUCAGGAGCAACAACAACAUGCCAGAAAUCCGACUCAAACACGUCGUGUCUUGCAGCACUGAGGACACUACCCACAAAGCGGACAACCUGCUGAGCUCUGACACCUACAGAAAGUGGAAAGCAGCGAGACCCGGGGAGAAGCAGAUAUCGGUCAUCCUGCAGUUGGAGAAGGAGGAGCAGGUGCACAGCAUCGAUAUUGGAAAUGAAGGGUCAGCUUUCAUCGAGGUGCUGGUGGGGAAUUCUUCAGCUGUCAGAGACCAGGACUAUGAGGUUCUGUUGGUCACGUCUUCCUUCAUGUCCCCCACGGAGAGCCGCAACGGCACCAACAUGAACCGGGUGCGUUUCUUCGGGCCGACGCAGCUGCAGAAGAGCUCCGCACAGGAAAAGUGGGACCGAGUGAAAAUUGUGUGUAGCCAGCCGUACACCAAGAACAUAGCAUACGGACUGGCCUUUGUCAAGUUCCAUUCACCGCCUGACAAAAACGAUCCUCCUACAACAGCCUCCCCGAAACUCACCAAGUUGGGACAGUUCCGGGUGAAGGAGGAGUCUCCCUCAGUCAGUCCCAGCCUUCAGCCGGGCAGUCUCUUCUUCAGUCGCGACAGUGCAACAAAGUCCAGUACUCCACCCAAAGUGUCUCCACAGAGCGAGAAGCUGAGCUACGCUGCUGCCGCGCUGCAGGCGGGGGGCAGCUCCCACUCCUCGGCCCAAGCUCCCUCCUCCAGCUCCUCCAGCUCCGCCUCGCCCCAGCCACCAGCGAAAAGGAAAUUUGAGUUUGGCAAAGAGCGGCAGUCCGCCUCCGGCCUCCCGCCCCCGAAGAAAACGAGUCCGGCCGGGUCGCCCGAGGUCAAAGCCGCGACCCCCAAACACAAGCCGAGCCCCGGCGCCGCCAAAGCUUCGCCGGCACCGAAGUCUGCCGACAAGAAGCGGGAGAGCCGAGCCAAACCCGAACCGCAGAAAGCCAGCGGGCCGCAGGUCCCGUUCAAGAGGAUAAUGGAGGGUGUGGUGUUUGUCCUCAGCGGCUUCCAGAACCCCUUCCGGGGGGAGCUGAGGGAAAAGGCUCUGGACAUGGGGGGUAAAUAUCGACCCGACUGGACCCCCGACGCCACGCACCUCAUCUGUGCCUUCGCUAACACCCCCAAGUACAGCCAGGUGAAAUCCGCCGGGGGCACCAUCGUACGGAAGGAAUGGGUAAUGGACUGCCAUAAGAGGAGACAGAAGCUCCCCUGCAAACAGUAUCUGAUGGACGGAGCCGAGUCGAGCUCCGAGAGCGAAAUGGAAGUGGACGAGCAGAGUGACGAGGAAGUCAACACAAAGAUGCCGCAGAGACAGGUGACCCCCAAGAAGGCCCCGGAGAAGAGGAGCGAAGACGACGAGUACGCCGGCUCCACGGAUGUGGAGGAAACAGGAGCCGGUGAUGACGAGUCGGCCGUGGACACGGAGGACGAGCUGCAGAGGGUGGAGAACAAGAGCAGGCAGAAGAAAGCAGCAGCGGGGAAGCAGGACGACCCGUACGGGGGGUCGACGGAUGAAAACACCGACGCGGAGGCUGAGGAGGAUCAUCCCAUCCCCGAGCUACCAGACUUCCUGAGCGGAAAGCACUUCUUCCUCUACGGCAAAUUCCCCAACAACGAGCGGCGGCUGCUGCUGCGAUACAUCGUCGCCUUUAACGGGCUGAUCGAGGACUACAUGACGGAGAAGGUGCAGUUCGUGGUGACCAGCGAAGGGUGGCACGACUCCUUCGAAGACGCGCUGAUGGAGAACGGCAAUCUGAACUUCGUUAAGCCAGCAUGGAUUUAUUCAAUCAACGAACGGCAAAAGAUUCUGCCGUAUCAACCCUACUCGGUGGUGCCCUGAACUCGGCGCUUCGUGUCCCGACCAAUCAGGGGACGUCGUGGAGAUUUGUUUUUUCCCGGAUUCUCCGCUUCACACUUAACAAAAAGCAAUAAAAUGUUCUCUAAUGCCUUUCGGGCGGACUUUAAAACCGGCCAUUCGAAAAAUGUUUUCAGUGCUCAGGGCUUUUUCAAACACACGGGGAAAACGUCUUUUUUAAACAGCGUCUGCUGAGUUUAAAUGUUAGCAUGUGGUUAGCGUUAAUUAUUAUUGUUAGCUCUAGUGAUAAAGCCCACUCUCCCUGGUUUCCUGUGCUGCAGUUUGCUCCCUCGGCGUCCUCGGGCUGCGGGUGAGAUGAGAUAUCAGCUGCCGCCGGCUGAUAAGACUCUGACUGCUGUGAGCAGGCAGACCAUUAGGAGGCCAGGGGGAAAGGGACAUUUUCAUUUUUAUAAGCCGGGAUAGCUGAGUCCUCCCAAUGAAAAUGAAUGGAUUCUGUUCUGUUUUUCUCAUUUUACUUUUUUUUUAUUAUAUUUCACUAGUUGGGAAAGCAAUGGCUUUCUGUGCGUUCGAAAUUUCCGUGAGUCUGAGUUUGGCUUUUAUUCAUGUUUGACUAAUUAAUAAUAAAAGAAAUGGACUGGCUGGA